UCACCCAAAGACGCCUUCUGGAGCGGGAGAACCCAAGGGUAGAUAACCGGUCACAACGCCGAUAGAGGGCACUUGCUGUCAACAUGGCUGACGAUGGGGAUUUCGAUGGCGAUGACUUUGAUGAAGCUGCUGAUGAUCUUGAUGAUGAUGAGGUCCUGGAUGAACCUGAGAAUACGGAGGUCGGCCAAGAGCAGAUAGAAGUCUUGCCUAAUGAUGCCCCUCGUCAGGUAGAACCAAUGAAGAGAAUUACAUCCCGAUAUAUGACGAAAUACGAGAGGGCGAGGAUUCUUGGAACAAGAGCAUUACAAAUAGCCAUGUGUGCCCCUGUGAUGGUGGAACUGGAGGGAGAAACUGAUCCACUUAUGAUUGCUAUGAAGGAACUCAAGGCCAGAAAAAUCCCCUUUAUCAUCCGGCGAUAUUUACCAGAUGGAAGCUUCGAAGAUUGGGCUUUGGAUGAACUGAUCAUGACAGAAUGAUCAUGUCAACUCAGUGUGACUUGGUUAAAUCAGGAACAGCAUCAGUUACUGAUGGGAGGUGCCAUGAUGGCAGCCUAUUUCUCUAGCUCAUGAUGGCAGCCUAUCUAUGAUCUAGCUGUAUCAUUUCACAUUCAUACUAUUCAGUGGAUUUUGUUAAUUCAGGACAGAAGGGAGGAAGUGGAUCAGUUUGCUGCUGUAAGAUGUCUUUGAAGAUGGGAUUUGGUACAGAAAUGGUGUCAGACCAUUUUUACACAUUUUCAUGAAUCAUCAUUUGAAUCAUCAUCAUUGUUGUAUAAUAAAACAGUAAAACACCA